AUGUCUUCCACACCCACGACUAAAGAAGAAGAGGAAGAAGAAGAUUCUUUUCGCAGUACUAACACCACCGGUUCAUCUAAUUCUAAGCGGUCAACGGUAGUGAAAAUUCCUGUGAAGAAGAAGGAGAUGAUGAAGAAGAAGAAAUCUAUCACUGUCCCCGCUGCCUUCAAUUCGGUUGUGGAAUCGAUUUCGAUGGCCGAUCAACAACGACAGGCACAGUGCACUUCUACUGCUACUGCUAAUGCUACGCAGACUUAUCGUGUAGCAGCCCUAGCAGCAGUCCCAACAGCUCCAGGAGGAGAAAAAGACGAGAUUAAAAAGGAAGAAGCGGAACAGGAACUAGGAGAAGAACAGGAGGAAUAUACCAUCAUUCACAAAUCUACCAUUCCGGCACCUGGGGCAUUGGAAACGAUGGGAAAAGCUUAUGCUAGUGAAGUUUUCCCGGGAUGA